GGAGUUACUCAGUGUAACACAGGCUGACCCAUGUCAUGGCAGGAAGUUGUGAAAGAAUCAAGCUCGUCGCGGCGCAGCAGCGGACUCGGUGGGGGGAGGGGGAGGGGACGCGUGGCCGACGUAUACGGCACAUACUCCCUGGCGUGCACACGCGCCCGUCCUCAUCUCAGCGGAGGCUGUAGCCGUAGCGCCUCGCGCAGGAGGGGGCCGGGUCAGCGUCGAGUCACGUGACCGGUCGGCAACGCGUCUCGGCGGUCUGCGGCGCGCGACACGGCGAGCGACCGGCGUCGAGGCGAGUCGAGAGACCACCGCUCCCCAGAGACCACCGCAGCCCCUGUCAGGCGCCAAGCGGGAGGAAACAUGUCCGUGUUGAAGCUGAAGCAACACCGGCAGCUGAUCGGUGAAGAGCUGGACCGCGUCGUGGCUUUCUGGCUGAAAUAUUCCCAUGACACUCAGUACGGAGGGUUUUUCAAUUGCAUUGGAAGUGAUGGCAAGGUCUAUGAUGAGCUGAAGUACGUCUGGUUGCAGGGAAGACAGGUGUGGAUGUACUGCCGCUUAUACAGAACCUUAGAGCGCUUCCGUAAGCCGGAGAUUCUUGAAGCAGCCAAAGCUGGAGGAGCAUUCCUGCAAAAGUUUGCUCGUGUUCCCAGCAGUGGUAGCCCAUGGAAGUGUGCCUUCUGUUUGACAAGGGACGGAAAAGCAGUCAAAAUUCAGAGGACCAUCUUCAGCGAAUGUUUCUACAUCAUGGCUAUUGAUGAGUUAAGCAGAGUUACUGAAGACAAAGACAUGCAGGCAGAGGCAGCACAGAUGAUGGACCACUUGAUCCACUGGGUUCGAGUUGACCCAUCUGUUCUGGGCAGACCUCAGCUCCCUGGAGAUCAGCCCACUAACAGCAUGGCCAUUCCCAUGAUGCUGCUGUGUCUGGUACAGCAGCUGACGGAUGGGCGUGGAGCAGACGUCGCCCAGAGGUACAAGGAGAUUGGCGCCUGGUCUGUGAAGAACAUCCUCCAACAUGUGCAGAGAGGCGGCACAGCUGUACUGGAGAACGUGUCAGUGGAGGGAGGAGAGCUGGCUGGAUGUCAGGGCCGGUUACAGAACCCAGGGCAUGCCCUGGAAGCAGGCUGGUUCCUGCUCCAGUAUGCUGCCGACCACGGAGACGAGGCGCUGAGAAACACGGCCAUCAGCAAGUUCAUUGAGCUGCCUUAUCACUGUGGCUGGGACAAGCAGCAUGGUGGCCUCUUCUACUUCCUGGAUGUGGACGGCUACUGUCCCACACAGCUGGAGUGGAAUAUGAAGCUUUGGUGGCCCCAUUGUGAGGCCCUCAUCGCCUUCCUGAUGGCCUACAGUCAGAGCAGGAGCCCGGCUCAUCUGGACGUGUUCUCUGAGGUGUAUGACUACACUAUCAGCCAUUUUUCUGAUGCUGAAAACGGCGAGUGGUUUGGCUAUUUGACACAAGAAGGCAAAGUCACACUGGAUUUUAAAGGGGGCCCGUUCAAAGGGUUCUUUCAUGUCCCCCGUUGCCUGCUUAUGUGUGAGCAGAUUCUGGAAGGCCUGCUGCAGAAACACGACUCCUAAACCAGCUUCAUACGUCCCAGGAUCACAGGACAUGUUCAGAUAUUCAUGGGCAUUUAAACCAUGACAUAUAAGCGUUGUUUCAAAAUGAAAAGCCGUGAUGGGUAUUGUUUCAUAUAUAUCUUAAUGGAUAGAAAAAAUAUUAUU